AUGAGUUUCGUCUCUCAAUUCUUCUGGUGUGUGGACAUGUUCGGCCUAUCAAUCGGCCUAAUGCUAGAACUGAUGCUGAUUAUUGUUGUCUUCAACUUUCGUGGAGGCAAAAACAGUAUGAUGGAACUGUAUGGUCGAAUGGUCGUCUGUAUUGCAAUUCAAGACUUUUGUUUUUGUUUCUAUGAAAUCAAUGUUCAACAUGUAAGUGAAAACUUUAUUUUAUUUUUUUAAUUUAAAUUUCGAAAAUUAUUUAAUAUUGCACCGUGCAGUGUUAUUAAGCGACUGCACCGUGCAAAAACUAAAAAAUUAUUUUAAAAGUUUUUGAAAAUUUUUUUUCAAAGUUAUAGUAUGUCUAAAAUGUCAUUUAGUAGCCUACAAUGGCAAUAGCUUUUUUAAAAAGACUUUUAAAUAGACUUUGCACCGUGCAAAAUCAUUAUAUGACUGCACCGUGCAAAAAUAAUAAAACUUUGCACGACGCAAAAAUUUAAAAAAAAUUGAAUUUUUAAAAUUACUUAAAAUUAAAAAAAAUGAUUGCUUUAGAUUCUGUGCUUCUCACAAAACAAAAUGUUUGUGAAUGCCUUUGGUUGGGAGCGAUUCGUUCCAACUUGGGCUUUGCCAAUCUGCUUCUUCUUCCACGUUUUCUUCAUUUUCAACUCAUUCACAUUCUUACCAGCCAUUUAUAGUUACAAAUAUGAAUAUCUUAAAAAGUAAGUUGAUUUAAUUUUGAUUUAAUAAAGCUUUGAUAAAAUACGUUUACAAGAUAACUUCGUUUGUACAUGUUUCAUCGUAUAACAUGUCAAUAAAAUGAUUUUUAAGUUUUUUUUGUGAAAAUUGUCAAAGAUGAUGUUUUCUAAAGCUAUUCAAUUAAAAAAUACUAAAUUUUUUGGCUUACCUAUAAUAUAAAAUGACAUUGAAUUUCCCAUUGGACACGUUUGAGCGUAUAAAAUGUCUUUUGAAAAAGUUUGAAAAAACUGCUAUUUUCAGUGCGGCUCUAAGCUGGCGUGGACUGUUCUGUCGCGUCUUCACAGCCAUGUUCUGUUCCGGAAUCAGCAGUAUGGCCGGGUUCUUGGCCAUUAGAAAGUCGGUCAGCCGAGGCCGCGACUAUUACUUAAGAAUAUUACCUAAGGCAUGGAGUGAUGAACAUGGAAACACCAACUUUAUCUAUGCUGUGGACUUGGUAUGUCAUUAUGCUUUUUUAAAUUUUUUUUGUAAAAUUUGCUUUAAAAUUUUUUAUAAUUUCAAAAACUUUGUUUCCAAGGUAAUAAAAUUAAAUGUCAUUUCUUAAUAGACCCAUAACUAAAAACAUAAAAAAAAUCAUUUUUAAGUUUCAAGUAACAUAGAUAUUAUUUCAGGAUGACAUAGAAGGAGUAUUGUGGGUAGCCGCUACCAUUGUGCUAUCGUGUUGCUCCAUCAUCAUCACCGCUUACUACGCGGUAAAGUCGUCGCGUGUGGUUGGUAAUGGAGUCCAAAAACAAACAAAACAAGGAAAAAGCAUCCAGAAACAGUUUAACAACGGGAUUUUAGCACAGGUAAGAAUUGUUCAAAGUUUGAAGAAAAUCGAUACAUUUUGUGACACUUCGUCUGAAAAAUCAAUAAUUAUUUGACACUUUGUUUAAAAUUUUAAAAACAAGGAAAAUAGCUAGAAAUAAGAAAAAAAAAUACUUUUUAAAAAUACAAAAAAAUUUUUUCACUUUUUCAAUAAAUUUUGUGACAUUUCGUCAAAUUUUCAAUUUCAAAACUUUACCCAAACUUUCCUCAUUUCAGACAAUCACAAUUGGAGUAAUGUCGAACAUUCCAUCACUCGUCCUAUUCACAUGCAUUGCUCUUGGUAUUGAUGGUACUUAUCUUGGUACUAUGUUUAUGUUACCAAUGUCAUAUGUGUCUGCUACUGGUGCCAUUUUGACAUUGUACUGUAUGCGGGGCUACCGACGAUGGUUGUUGGAGAAGUUGUAUUUGAGGAAGAAGGGAGCUUCGACUACGUCCAGUGAUGCUACUAAAACUCAAUUUUCGAAACAUUAA